GUUGAAAUAUAAUUUCAUCUUCCUUCUAGAUUGCAACUGUGAUAGAAGUGGUACAGAAGAAGGCAUAUGCGAUAAGCAGAGUGGACAAUGUAUUUGCAAACCAGGAUAUGGAGGAGAAAGAUGUGACAUGUGCAUCCUCGGCUACUAUGGCCAUCCAGAUUGCAAGCCAUGCAACUGUAGCAAGGUUGGAUCGCACGGUACCACAUGCAGUGCUUCAGGAAAAUGCUCAUGUCUCUCCAACUACGCAGGGAGAACUUGCGAUCAAUGCAGUCCUGGGUACUACAACUAUCCCGAGUGCAAACCUUGUGAUUGUGACUCUCAUGGUGCCUUGGGCAUAUCAUGCGACCUAGAAGGAAGCUGCGAGUGCAAAGAAAACUUUGCUGGCAACAAAUGUGAUGCUUGCAAAGAAGGUUACUAUAAUUUCCCUGCAUGUGAAGAUUGCAACUGCCAUCCUGCCGGAGUAGUAGCCGGUUUUGCAGGAUGUGGAUCAGUACCAGCUGGUGAACUAUGUCAAUGCAAAGAAAGAGUAGAGGGCAGGAUCUGCGACAGAUGCAAACCACUUUUCUGGAAUCUCAACCUUAAUAAUCCACAUGGAUGCGAGGAAUGUCAAUGUGACCUUAGAGGAACGCUCGGUGGUUUAGCGACAUGUGAUACUGAAGACGGCCAAUGUACCUGCAAACCAUCAGUUGUAGCCCGAAGAUGUUCUGAAUGUGCUGAUGGUACUUAUGGAUUGAUGGAAGCUGAUCUUUUUGGUUGUACAGACUGUGGAUGCGACGUCGGUGGUUCACUAAGUAACGUCUGCAACAAGCAAUCGGGUCAAUGUCAAUGCCAAAGCAGAGUGACAGGUCGUACUUGCAAGGAACCACUACAGGCGCACUACUUCCCCACGCUGUACCACUACCAGUACGAAGCUGAAAACGGACGAACGCCCGAAAACAACAGAGUACGAUUGAGCUACAACGAAACGGUCUUUCCUAAUUUCUCAUGGAAGGGCUACGCCACUUUCUCAGUAUUGCAGAAGGAGAUCAUCCAAGAUAUUUAUAUCGAUAAACCGUCUUUGUAUAGGAUGGUGCUGAGAUUUGUCAACAGGAAUCCCCAUACCGUCAUUGGUGGUGUUCGAGUGAUUCCAGACAAUCCGAAUGACAUCGAACAGUUCCACAAGGUUCAGCUCAGGAACACGUCAAAGCCUGCCUUCGUUACUCUUUCUGGUGAGACCGGAAAUACGCCCAAACCGUUUGUAAUGAACCCCGGUAGAUGGUCCGUUAGUAUUACCGUCAGCGAGAAUAUCUUCCUGGAUUAUUUUGUUCUGCUGCCAGAAGACUUCUACCUAGCAACCAUACUGAACCAGAAAGUGGAAAAGCCAUGUAAAGUAGACGAAUUGGACCUAUGUCGUCAUUAUGCCUAUCCGACCAUAACAGGUUACUCAAGAGCUUGGGGAGUAGGUGGUUUUAUCCAGGGACCCAACAACGAUCAGAUUCAGCUGAAGGAAUGGUUUCCCAGUCAAGAACAUCUACAAAAGAUCCAAGCCUACAAUCGAGUCCCACUUCUGAACCCACUUCAACCUGAGAUCACCUUUAACAUAACAGUACCCAAACCUGGACCCUACGUGCUAGUCGUCAACUACGUUACACCUCUUGACGACCUGAGGACCCAUAACAUCUCGGUUAGGACGCAAACAAGAAAUGGUGAAGAAUUGGGUCAGCUCAAAUUCUACGCUUGCCCGUAUAGCACAAUGUGCAGACAGGUUGUUGCAGAUACCUUCAAUGGUGUAGGGGUUUAUACUGUAGAUGGAAAUAAUAUUCUUCUAGUGAUGAACGGUGUAAACACCAAUGUUGGGGUGCAUUCAGUCUAUGCAAUUCCCUACGAAGAGUGGUCCAUGGACCAAAUCAGGCCCAAACCAGUCUGCGUCCGCAAAAACGGCACUUGCAUCCCCUCUACUUUCCACAACCCCCCAGAAACGAAAAAGAUCCAAUUCGAAGAUAAAUUAGAAGGUGAAUUGGCUAAAAACCAACCGGCGCUGUUCAUCGACAAUGAAACUACUUAUGUAUUGCUCAACGCUACCGAGAAUACUGUAGAUCUAAAAGGAAAGGUACCUACUCCGGGGUACUACACCUUCAUACUGCACUAUCGUCAACCUCAUUAUCCUGCAUUUGAUUUGGACGUGCUCGUCCAGAAUGGACAAUACUACGAGGCGAAGGUUCCAGUACAACAUUGUCCUUCUGAUUCAGGCUGUAGAGCGGUUGUGACGGAAGGAAACAGAAAUGAUAAGUUUUCACUUACAGAAAACUUCAUAAUGACAGUGAAGCAACCUGAAAACAAGAGCGUACUGUUAGAUUAUCUAUUAGUGGUGCCGGCAGAUCUUUACGAUUCCAGAAGUCUGGAAGAACAAGAUUUAGAUAGAACUGGAGAAUUCAUCAAUUCGUGUGGAAGCAAUCAUUUUUACAUCGAUACCAAUGAAACAGGUUUCUGCAGAGACGCCAUCUUCUCCAUAACCACCAACCACAAGAACGGCGCUCUGCCUUGCGAAUGCGACUUUGCAGGCUCUGACAGCUUCGUCUGCGAAAAGUUCGGAGGUCAAUGCAAAUGCAAGGAGAACAUCAUCGGUCGAAGAUGCGAGGCUUGCAAGACAGGCUACUAUGGCUUCCCCGAGUGUAAGCCUUGCAACUGCCCGUCCACGGCUUACUGUGAGCCCAACACUGGAGAGUGUAUCUGUCCUCCGCAUGUGGUUGGUGAAAAGUGUGACCAAUGCGCGCCACUGACCUAUGGUUUCGAUCCAUUCAAUGGAUGUGAAGAGUGCAGGUGUCAUCCAUUGGGGGUGGCCAAUAACACCAGGCAAUGCAAUUUGCUCACCGGAGAGUGUCCAUGUCAAGAAAAUAUUUUCGGUCGCACAUGUGACAACUGCAGACCCGGGUUCUACUCCUUCCCGUAUUGUGAAUCAUGUGAAUGUAACGAAAUGGGAACAACAUCCGAAAUUUGUGACAAGGUGACAGCACAAUGUUUCUGCAAAAAGAACGUUGUAGGUCCACAAUGCAGCAUUUGUCAUGAAAGCACCUUUAAUUUACAACCAGACAAUGACGAAGGUUGCACAGAAUGCUUUUGUUUUGGCAAGUCGAAGAGAUGUAUCAGCUCAAACUACAUCAAGGUGUCUCUGAACGUCAUGAAGGACUGGAAAAUGGUUUCCUUAAAUGCAACAGAACAUCUAAACGUCACUCAUUUGAACCUGACCAUAGAGGAUAUAGACGAUAUCUCUGACGUAAUUGGUGUCGACUUCUCUUACUACAAUGUGUCCCAAGCACCAGCGUACUUUGCCGCACCACCAGACUAUCUAGGAAAGAAACUGACCUCUUACGGCGGUUUCUUGAACUACACCAUCUACUACGUUAUCGGUCAAGGAGGAUCUGCUGCUGGAGGACCUGACGUCAUACUGCAAGGUCCCGAUUACUACCUGACUUACUCAAGCUUAGAACAACCACCGCCAGCUAGUGAGUUUGACUUCAAACUGCAACUCGUUGAGAGCAACUUUGAACUUCCUAGCGGAUCUCCCGCUAAGAGAGAACACAUGAUGGAGGUUCUGAAACGUUUGAAGGGAGUUUAUCUCAGAGCUACAUAUUGGACAGCGAGCGUCACCACUAGACUCAUCAACGUGUUACAAGACGAAGCAAUCCCUCCAGAACCAGGUUACGAAAACGGGGUACCAGCACUUUCAGUCGAACAAUGCAUGUGUCCACCCAACUAUCAAGGUUUGUCCUGUGAAGAGUGUGCUCCAGGCUACUACAGAGUCCAAGGACCCCAUGGAGGAUACUGUAUUCCUUGCGAGUGUCAUGGACAUGCCACUGAAUGUGACGUCAACACUGGACGCUGUCUGAACUGCAUGCACAAUACAAAAGGAGACCAUUGCGAAUUUUGUGACGAAGGUUACCAUGGCAACGCUAAAGCUGGAACUCCAAGAGAUUGUCUGAUCUGUGCUUGUCCACUACCUAUCGCUAGCAAUAACUUUGCUGUUGGUUGCCAAGUUAGUGCGGAUGGUGAAAAAAUAAGCUGUGACUGCAGGGAAGGCUACAUUGGUGCAAGAUGUCAAUCAUGCGAUGCUGGAUUCUAUGGCAGACCAGAGUUGCAAGGUGAUUUCUGCAAGCCCUGUCAGUGUUCUGGCAAUAUCGAUCCAAGAGAUCCUUCUUCAUGUGACACAGUUACUGGCGAAUGUUUGAGAUGUUUAAACAACACUUUCGGUACUGCUUGCUCGUUGUGCGCUCCAGGUUUCUUUGGUGAUGCUGUACACCUCAAGGAUUGUCAAGCAUGUAUCUGCGACGAGACAGGCACUGACCACUGCGACAGCUUCACUGGCCGUUGCGUGUGCAAACCGAACGUCGUAGGCGAGAAGUGCGAUCGUUGUGAAGCCCAUCACUACGGCUUCCACAGUGGGCGUGGCUGCGUCGAGUGCCGUUGCUCCGCCGCCUCCGAAAGCGACCAAUGCGAUGACGCAACGGGGCAGUGCAAGUGCAAACCGGGUGCGGCUGGAAGACAGUGCGACAGGUGCGCUGCUGGGUAUUGGAACUAUACUUCUGAGGGGUGCCAGU